GCAAAAAGAACAGCGAGUGUCGAUUCGCAAAGAAGACAAACACAAACAUCGCAUCGCAAAAUAAAAAAAAAAAAGCAGCCGUUUUUCCUAUCGUCGCAAAAAGUUCUUGGACCGGAAAUUUGCUUAAAUUUGCCAUUAAAUCGGUGGUAAAACUGUGAAACAUCAUAUCAUUCGAAAGGAUUGAAAGUGCACCGUGUUGAUUGGUGUGAAGUGCGUUGGCUGAGACAAGUGUAAUUUGUUGAAAAAAGCAGUUCUCUUCCCUGCAUCGUCAGAAGAAACCAUUUUGAGACGGAAAGAACGUACAAUUAUUUCAUCAGCUGUUUAUUAUCGUGUGGUUUUUUUGUGGUGCUAUCAUUUUUUUCAAAAGAUUGCGGAGUGGUACGAUUGUUAUUUUGCGACUGCGAUUUGCCACCGAUAAAGCGCGAAGAGAAGCAUUUCGUCUGCCUCCCGUAACCGCCACAUCCACGAAAGGAGUAAACAUCACAUAUUGCACCCAGUGAUUCAUUACACAGCGGAGCACCAAGUAAAACACGAAAGGCAAAACAGCGUUUGGUACGAAUCACUACAGGUAGUAGCCGGUAGGAGCGCGUGAUAAAGGAUCAACAUCUAGAAUGAGCCUCUCGUCCCGGGCUGACAUCGAUGCCGGUGGAUUCUUCGUCAACUUCAAUCAGGACUGCUCUUCCCUGGCCGUUGGUUCCAAAAGCGGUUACAGUCUAUUUGCGUUGAACUCGGUGGACAACAAUCUGGAUCAGAUCUACUCCAGCUAUGGCGAGGACAUCUGCCUGGUGGAACGUCUUUUUACCAGUUCUCUGGUGGCGGUCGUCUCGCUGAAUGCCCCCCGAAAGCUGAAGGUAUGUCACUUCAAGAAAGGCACGGAAAUCUGCAACUACUCGUACUCGAACACGAUUCUGGCGGUCAAACUGAACCGGUCUCGGCUGGUAGUUUGCUUGGAGGAAAGUCUGUACAUUCACAACAUUCGCGACAUGAAAGUGGUACACACCAUCCGGGACACCCCACCGAACACGACCGGACUGUGCGCGCUGGCUUCCGAUUCGGAUCAUUGCUACCUGGCCUAUCCGGGCAGUGCCACCGUUGGCGAAGUCCAGAUAUUCGACGCGGUCAAUUUGCAUGCCAAAACGAUGAUCCCUGCACACGAUUCGCCACUGGCUGCUAUUGCGUUCAGUCAGAUGGGCACGGAAGUAGCCACGGCCAGCGAGAAGGGAACUGUGAUUCGGGUGUUUUCCGUAAACGAUGGUUCGAAGCUGUUUGAAUUCCGGCGGGGCGUUAAACGGUGCGUCUCGAUUGCCUCGCUAGCGUUCAGCACCUGCUCGAAGUAUCUGUGCUGCAGCUCCAAUACGGAAACGGUUCACAUCUUCAAGCUUGAACGGACCUCCCCGGAGAGCAACGAUGACCAAGGCAGCAAGGACCACUGGAUGGGCUACAUUAGCAAGGCGGUGUCGAGUUAUCUACCGCUACCCUCGCAGGUUACGGAUGUAUUCACGCAGGGUAGAGCCUUUGCGUCGGCCGUACUUCCAGUGGCUGGACUUCGACAUUCCUGUGUCAUUGCUACGAUCCAGAAGUCGUUGAGACUGUUGGUAGCAUCGCAAGAUGGCUACCUGUAUGUGUACCAGCUUCCGCAAGAGGGUGGCGAAUGCCAGCUCCUCAAGAAGCAUGAUCUCAGAACCGUCGAACCAACGAACACCACCCGGCCAGAAUCUAUGCCGAUCGGUGUACCGAAUGCUUCCACCCCGGGUGGUGGUUCCAGCUAUGCGGCUGCCGUCAAGAGUGGUGCCGCCGCAAGCGUAGCGCCCAACAGCAGUGGCCAACAAUCGAACGCCAGUGCUUCCGAAGACGACCACCAGCAAUAAAUAAGCGGCAUGAGAAGGAUGAGGAACGCUCAGUUUUGAGUUGCAGGAUUGAACAUUUCCGUUAGCUGAGCGGAGCACAUGCGUUAGGUUAAGUGUGGUGGCUUUUUAUGCAGGAUUCUACACAUACUGAGCUGAGGGCAGAUUGUUAACCUUAGCCUUUAUUGUAACUAUCAAAUGGAACUCCGUUCGGUUGCUUCUAACUUUUUAAAGAUUUGACAAACAGCUCCCAGAAAGUUCAACAUUGAUUUAGGCAAAGUUGCAAAGAAAACUAAGAAAAGGCACCCCCCCAGAUCGUUAAGCCUGGUAAACAGGGUCAGUACAGAGACAUCAGCUAGCGCUCUAUCUCUGUCUUCUUAAGUGCGAGCAAAAUCAAAUUCAAUAUUUUACUUUGUGAUAAGUACUAUAGGCGCAUGCUUACGCAGUCCCACGUGCAACUUGGAAAUGGUAAAACAGCAGCAAAAGAUAUGAGUGUAUUUGUAUAGAUAUUUUGAUUCACGAGUUCAAUACAUUCGUUCAAACAGGAAAUAGUCCGAUACUAACAAACAGGUGUUUAUCGAAAAAAAAAAGCCAAGGAUACCAGACACUUCAACCUUUAUAACCAUCUACGAUUUGCGAAGUGCCGACAGAUCCUUGUUCUGCUGAUAGGUUUAUUGAUUGUGCUUAGGAAUCUUUUUUUUAAUCUAAGAAUAAUUCCUAGGAAUUAGAACCGAUCUAAUCUAGUGUGACGGAACGGAAA